CCCCACGCCUGACCCCUUCUCUGCUUUCUUGUCUGCAUUCAAUAUCAUAACCUGCCUCCCUUCUUCACUACCUUCAUCAUCACCCCAUUUCCAAACUCCAUUUUCUUUUAUAAAUAAAUCACCCCUUUUCCUCAUUUAACCAAAUUAUUUUUCAGUUCCAUACCCAUCUCAAUAUGUCUAUGUUGGAGGUGAGGGUUCCCAAUUUGGAUUGCGAGGGAUGCGCUUCUAAGGUCAGGAGAGCUCUACUCAAGCUCAAAGGAGUAGAUGAGGUGGAAGUAGACAUGGAGAUGCAGAAAAUAACGGUGAGUGGGUACGCAUUGGAGGAGAAGAAGGUGCUAAAGGCCAUCAAACGCGCCGGAAAGGCGGCCGAGCUGUGGCCGUAUCCCGGCGGCCACUCCUAUUUUUCCUCAUUCUACAAUUAUCCUUCUCAUGUUGUUAGCCAUUACUAUGAGACGUCGAGAAACGUGGCGGCACCGGGCGUCCACACAUUUUUCCACACGCCGGCAGUGUACUCGGUCGCCGUCGCCUCCGACGAGGCGGUGGCCUCCAUCUUCAGCGACGACAACCCUCAUGCUUGCUCUAUCAUGUGAUUCCAUUCUCAUUCUCCUUUUCUCCCUAUAUUUUCUAGUGAUGAUUCGAUUUUUGGAUUUCGAAUUACUCCAUGUUUUUUAUGUAGGGAGAGAUUUUGUGCUUAUGAUGUUGAUUUGUUGUUCAUAUUCUUUUAUUUCUAUUUUAGGCUGUGUUUUGUGCUAGGGUUUAUGAUGUCUGAUUCUUGGUUGGAGGAUGGAGAUUUGAAUGAUACUUGAAUUCUCUAGUA